AUGAAAGGAGUUGUUAUGAAGUAUAUUCUUGUUUCUGUCUAUGAUAGCAAGGCUAAAAUUUAUUCGCCUGUGUCUCAGGUUGAAAAUGAUACUGUUGCUACCCGUAUGUUUUCGGAUCUUGUGAAUAGUGCGGACUCUGUUAUUGAAGAUGGCCUUCUUGAAAAGGUUGAUCGUGUUGCGAUUUGUAAUGGUGUUGAUCUUAAGCAGGAUUUUAGGGAUGAGGCUGAUAUCAAUAAGCUGGUUAAUCGGUUUUCUGAAACUGGCCAGUUUUAUGACCCCUUGACUAAUCAGAAUGCUUCUCAGCGUCAGCCAAUGUUGGCUCUUCCGUCUGAUGUACGCGAACGUUUCGGCAAUGAUCCUGCCAAGCUCCUCGCGUUUCUCGAUGAUGAUGACAAUAGAGCUGAGGCGGUCAAGCUUGGUCUCGUUAACGCACCGCCAGAGCCGCCGACGACGCCGCCGACGACGACGGCGCCUGUGACGGAGUAA